AUGCAGCCAGCCCGACGCAGUGGUAUCCCCUUGGGUUUUGAGCAUCUUCUCCAUCCUCAAGACCAGUCGAGACAGGAUCCGGCGGAGAACACUGUUCCCCCCGGUUCAUCAACCACAUCUUCUAGAUUUCGGUUGCAUAUGCGCCAACAGCCCAUUGCAACAAGGGCCUGCGCGGCGGGCGAGAAGGACCGUCGUCCUGUCGACCCACCACCAAUCCUACAAAUGCUACUGGUUGAUUUCAACCCUGACUCAGAAACGGAUCAGGCAAUAUUGCAAAACCCGCAAUAUGUUGUAGGCUGUCUGCUGUAUUCUGUACAAAGAUCGCCUGGAGGAGGAGGAGGAGAACAAGAGAGGCUUGUCCACAGUUCCCAUGUGGCAGAGACCAUACGAAAACGUCAACGAGAUAGCCCUAACAGAGGUAUUGGUGUUCUGUCUUCCUCCAAUGAGCAGCAGCAACAGCAGCCAAAUCGCCGCUUUGUGCAGAUACUAUCCGGGAGGACGCACGUAUCUCCCUUUUACACACUCUAUGAUCCGGAUCCUGAAACGGCGCCGGAAUAUCCUCGAACUACUCCUACCACUACACCCCAUCACUUCUCUUCUCGAGAGCAAGGGCAUCCUCAUCCUCAUCAAUAUCGUCAUCAUACCCAUCCACUAAUGACGAAUACCCCCCCAAUGCCAGCUACAUUCUUUGCAUUUCCAGACCUCUCUGUGCGCGCUGCAGGCACCUAUCGUUUGAGAUUCCGUCUAAUGGAUUGGGGCAUAACUGCCGAAACGGGCACGGCGCAACCAAUCCUCGCCGAGGUAUUCUCAGAGCCAUUUCGCGUAUAUACGUCCAAGGACUUUCCAGGAAUGAGAGGCUCGUCGACCCUAACUUGGAAUUUGAGGAAGAUGGGUAUGAUGGAGCUGAAGCCUCGCGAAGGGAGAGGAAAAGGUGUAGGGAAAGGGAAGGGGAAGGGUAAAGGGAAAGCACAAGAGAAGGAGAGAGAAAAAGAAGACUAG